GAAUAUUUGGACUCCCCUUCUCUAUUGCGAGUUCCAAUUCAUCACUUUAUGUCACUAAAAAUCUCGAUAAACCGCGCAAGAUUGUCCGAGAAUCUCAAGAACUUGCUACAGAACGCCAGAAUGGACACCAGCAGCCCCUACGAUUUAACGAACGAAUAUAUCGAACUAUACAGCAGAGUGCCAUGGAGGAUGCAACUCGCCUACGGGAUAGGCCACGUGCUCAACGACGUCUGCGCUUCAAUGUGGUUCACCUACCUAUUGGUCUUCUUCCACCUGGUACUCCAAUUCAACAACUGGGAAACCGGGGUCAUGAUGCUCAUAGGCCAGAUAGCAGACGCUCUAGCCACCCCUUUCGUCGGCUACCAUUCCGACCAGUCCGACACGUUCUGGAUCUGCAGGUACGGCAGGCGGAAAACCUGGCAUCUGCUAGGCACAAUCUGCGUCCUAGCAGCCUUCCCCUUCAUAUUCUCGCCUUGCCUGGGCUGCAAUUCAAGCCACGACUGGGCGCAAAUGUACUACUACAGCGUCUUCAUCGUCAUCUUCCAGUUCGGCUGGGCGGCAGUGCAAAUAUCCCACCUGUCCCUCAUACCCGAGCUGACUCCCAACGAGCACGAUCGCACCCAGUUGACCGCCAUCAGAUACUGCUUCACCGUGAUAUCCAACGUUCUGGUCUACGUGGUGACCUGGAUAGUGCUCCACUUGGACAACGGGGAGCACGCUAAGAUCGGCCCCACGGACGGACCCAAGUUUCAGCACGUGGUGUGGUCCGUGAUAGCGUUCGGUACGCUGUGCUCCGUGCUGUUCCACGUGUUUAUCCGGGAGCCGGAGAAUGGCGUGGGCAAUGACGUCAGAGGGGGCCAGCUGAGAACCAGCGUCGGGGAUUUGUUCGCCAACCUGAGGCUGUACCAGAUCGCUGUGGUUUACAUGACGUCGAGGCUGUUCGUGAAUCUGACGCAGGUGUUCGUGCCCUUGUACCUGCACGAGACGCUGGACAUGGCAGCUAGCUCUCUAGCUCUAGUACCGUUGACGAUGUUCGUUGGGAGUUUCGUCACUUCGCUUCUCAUAGAGAAGAUUAACCGCUGCUUGGGAAGGAAGAUGACUUACUGUGUGGGAGCGCUUCUAGGACUUGUAGCUUGCGUUUGGAUUAAAUUUGGGGAGGGUGGGGGCUAUACGGGUUUUCAUAUCUACGUGGUAGCGAUCCUGAUCGGCGCAGGAGGGUCCAUAGUCCUAGUCACUAGUUUAGGUAUAACCACUGACUUUAUUGGGGACAAAACGGGUAGUGGAGCGUUCGUGUAUGGAAUUAUGAGUUUCACUGAUAAACUCGCGAAUGGUAUUGCAGUUGUUUUGAUACAGUAUGUUCAUAAUGAUGCGUCAAAUAUAUAUUUUUAUAGGGAUGUUCUGACGAAUGUGUGUGGGGGCAGCAUUAUUUUAGGAGUUGUAGCUGUGAUAGGGUGUUGUUGUAGGGCUAGCAGAAAUGGUUUGAUGUAUCGGAGGGUUCCUGGCUAUGAUUCGAUAAAUUGAGGUUGGCAGAUUGCAGAAACUAUUUAGUCAAAUGUGAUAUUUUUCAUUAUUCAAAGUUUUCUCUACUAAUUAAUACGAUAUAUCAAUAAUUGAAGAAUCUCUAUAGUUUGAUAUAUUUUUAUAUUUGUAGUUAAGAUGUAGUACAAUACUUAUUUAUUACCUACAUUAGCCCCAGUAUUCUUUGUUUAUUAUGUUUUUAUUAAUAUUACAUUAAUGACAUACAUUAUACCUAUUACUGAAUAAUAAUUAUUUUCUUGUUGUUGAAUUC